AAUCUGGGGAAAAGACGUAAACCUGGGGAAUUUUGUUAAAUCCGAGUGGCAGCACUGGUUUAAAGUAAAAAUCGUGAUAAACAGUAGGACUUACGCUCUUGAUCUUGUUAGAAGUGAAGAAGUGGUUUUAAUAUAAUUAUGACAGCCUCCUGUUGGAAAAGCUUUCCUUGCAGCAAGUUGAAUAUAUGUCUUGAUACUGUUCUUUUGAGCGGACAAUCUUUUAGGUAGGCCUAUUGUUGGUUCUAUCUAGUUCUGGUAGGGUUACAUUGCUGAAUUCUGAAUCUAUCAUCUGUGUAAUUGUAAUGAAAUGUAAUAAGUAAAUGUCAUAAGUAAUGAGUCGAUGUAAUGAAAUGUAAUGUACUGGCAUAUGUGCAGAGUUUUUCAGAAAUUUACCCUCCCCCCCUGUGGGGGGGGGGUGGUACUUCAGAUUUUCGCGGGUUGGGGCUAUGUCGGUUGCCAAAGGCGUAGCUAAGGGGUGGCAGAUGGGACGUCACGGGGCUCCAGACUUGGGGGGGGGGGCAGAACUGGGCUUUGGUGGAAUUAAUUGGUUGAAAAUAAUGGCUAUGUCGGUUGCCAAAGGCGUAGCUAAGGGGUGGCAGAUGGGACGUCACGGGGCUCCAGACUUGGGGGGGGGGGCAGAACUGGGCUUUGAUGGAAUUAAUUGGUUGAAAAUAACCAGUUUCAGGUGAGAGUUGGAGUGGGGCAUAAAAAUGAAUCUUGUCCCCUGAUGCCGAAAAAGGGUGGCUGGAGUGGUCCACCCAGGUGUCACUUUUUCUUUAUAUGCUGAUGUGGCAUUUUUGGACAACUGAAGAAUUAGAAACGUGGAAGGGAGGACGGCAAAAAUAUUUGGCCGCUCAUGACAGCCUUAAUAGUAGCUACGCCACUAUCGAUACCAAAAUUGGCGAUCAUUUUCAUUGAGAAGCAAGCAGGGCGGAAAUCGAUGUCACCGAUGAAUCUUUAUCUGCGGAGGGGUUUAGGGGAGCUUGCUAAAUUUUUGAUUAUUUCAAAAUCAAAGCUGUAUUUUUGAGUAAACUGGAAUGUGAUGUUUCUAUUAUACCUUUUGAACAGGGAAGAAUAUUUUUAAAGUUUUGUGGGAGGCAUUAUUUAGCCCAGCGCCAUAUAUAAACUGAAUUCACUCCAUUUGUGGCAUGCCCCAGGGUAAUCAUUAGGGAUAGGCUUAUAAUCAACCCCAUAGUGUACCAUUGAUCAGAGUGAUGGAAGGGGUGCUAAUGACAGUCGUACAAACUCAAAAUGCAUUAUUUGGUGCGCACUUGAAUUGUUUCUUUCAGACAAUUUUGAGGUGGCAUUUCAAACGUUCGGUUGAGAAAUGGCAAAAUUAGCCAUAAUAAUGACCAAAGAUAUCUUAAAUUUUGCACCAGUGGGACGUAAACUAUAUUCACUCUAGUUAUGCCACCCAAGGGUACGAUUUUGCCCUAGAUUAUUCUCCCCCUUUAAAUCAUUAAAUCCCCAGAAAAUUUUUGAUAAAUUCAAACUACUACAAGAAUGCAUUUUUCACAUAUCUGAAUUUAGUUUUGCAACAUUCCACACUUAAUUGGAGAGCAAAAAAAUAUAAUCUAGUUAAAAAAUAUAGGUGCCACUUAACCUUAGAACCAUCGUGUGCGCCCAACAACCCCUACGACUGAAGGGUGCCUCGGAUAUUUUAGGGCUUAAAGAUGUGAGGAUAUUUUCUUAAUCAUCAUUUUUUCCAUGAAGGGUUGUUAAAACGGAAAUAGCAUGACCUGCUUGUGUUAUGCAAAAACAAAAUUAAAAUAAUUAUUUAACUAAAAAGGGUAAGGUGGCUUUUAUUUUUUUAUUUACAUUAUUUUUAGGGAUAGCUACUUAUUAAUAAAUGAAUUUUCAAAAAAUAAAAUUCAAUUAAAAAGGGUUCUAUCACUAAAAAGCACUGCAAACAUUAUGUUAUAUGAUGAACGCAAAUGGAAAAAACAAACUUACUUAUAAUUAUAAUGAUUAGACUAACUUUUCUAAAGAUGUCCUAAUUUAAUCAGAGUAAAAGAAAAAAAAAACAGGUUUAUCAGGAAGGUCUAUAUACAUUAUUAUGGUUUUUGAAAACUGGUCAUUUUUAUAAAUUGCAUAAUAUGAGUGGAAAUACUAUUUUAAGGAGACAUGAGUUGUUUACAGAAGAAGAUGUUAUAUUUAUUAAUUUUUUAGUUUAUCUAUGGGAAAUUCGUAUGCAGCAUGCAAAUAAAGUAUACAUUUCCCAAUAUUCAGUAGAUCGAAAUUUUUAUUUGGAAUUUCAAACAGCUAUAACUAUAACUUAUAACUUUCUUAAAUUGCCUCUUCGCUAUACUUAAAAACAUUUUUAUCUAAAUCCACAGAAUCUAUUUUAAAUUGACGAAUUAGGAAUAAAAAAAAUUUUAAUCAUGUACCCAAAAAAAGGAAUUGGCAGGAUAAUCGAAAUGCUAGUUCACAAAAAAAAAAAUUCUUAGCUUUCUACUGGAUUCUCAACUAAAAUAAAAUUAAUAAUGUAAAAAAAAUUAUGGCAAUACCAGUGGAUGAGGCACUUUGUUUGUUUUUCUGACAUUAAAAAGAGAAAAGAAGUUGGGAAGUUAGUGAUAAUAAACAUAGGCUAAAGACUAAGUAUUUUUUUUUUAAAAACAAAUCUGUUAUUCAGGACGCUUUUUAACAAAGGUAGCACAUUUAAAGAAAACAAAACAAUUUUGAUUUAAUAAUAAUUUAUGAAACGUGCACUAUUUCUUUGCGCCCUUUAAAUUCUAAAUUAGAAAAAAAAGCAUGAAGCCUAAUUUUUUAGUUAUGCUUUUACAAUGAACUAUAAGUUGAAAACAGAUUGCACAUGUUUAAUACUUGACAAACUAUUAUUUAAAUUUUAGACCUUUAUAGGUAUGUAAAUGUAUUCUACUAAUACAGUUUCAUUACAGUCUUUAAACUUGUGAAGUUGCAAAAAAUAAAUAAAUAAAAAUAGCAAUAUAUGCGAACAAUAGGAAGUAUGAAUGGAGCAGUCAGUGCGAUUUUUAUAACCGAAUACUAUAACUUUAUUAGCCUUAAAUAUACGGAUUAUCAAAUAUAUGGAGCCUAGCGAUAUUUCAUAGAUUCCACCAAUUGUAAUCGUUUAAAGGCACCAGUUACUAUGCAAUUAUUUUUAAUAUAAAAAUUAUAUUUUUGUUAUAUUGUUGUACACAUUGAGCGGGGGGGGGGGGCAAUGCCCUUUGGAGAGAUAGCGAAAAGAAACACUGAUUGGUAAUAAUAACUAUAUUUUUGAAAGCAUAAUGCCAUCAUUUAAUUUGUAAUUAACACCAUUUGCUGGUUUAAAAAGACAUGCUUUUAUUAUAAAAUAUAAUUUAAAAACAUGAAAAGAUUGCCCACGAUUGAUAUUUAUUGAGAACUCUAUUAAAAUAAAAUUAAAUCAAAUGUAGUUUAAUACAGUGGUUUUAAAGUCUUUAAACUUGUGAGUUUGCAAAAAAUAAUUAAACAAAAAAUACAGAUAAAUGCGAACGGAAAGUUAUACUUCGGCUCAUAAUAGGCAAAUUUUCAAAAUAUUGCUAUAUUUAUAAUCGAGUAACGUAAGCUUCUAAGAAGAUUAGCCUUAACUAUACAGAUCAUCAAAUUUAUCGAGCGUCGUGAUAUUUUGUUGAUUCCAUUAAUUGUACCGGUAAUCAGUUAAUGACACCAGGUAAUAUUCUUUUCAAAUUGUUUUUAAAAAAUGACAAUUUAGUAUUUUUUUAUAAAAUAUACAUUAUACAUUAUUUUAUUGUUGUACAUAUUUUUGCUCCGGGAGGGGAGGGGGCACUUGAGAUAUAGCUGAAAGAAACCCUGCAUAUGUGCAAUGGUUGGGGAUGUGAUGCUGGUAUUUUAACGGCUCCUAACGGAUGCUAGGGCAGUUUUGAAGCUCUCGAUUGACAUCAAGAUUACAGCGGUAUUGUCCAGGUGAUUCCAAGCGAUGAUUGUGCGUGGGGAAAAUGAUUGUCUAUAUUGGACUGUGUUACAGUGAGGCACAGUGAAGCAUUUACUAAUACUAUUAUUCCGGAUGUAAUUGCUCAUGGGGUUGUUAGAGGUGAAGUCAGUGUUUACUGCAAUGUUUAGUGAGAGUUUGGCUCUAAAUAAUUAAGCGAACUGGCUUCUUUUCUGUUGGUAGAGAUACAUGUUUGCUGGGAUGGCCGGCACUACUGCCACUAGUCCCAUGACCACUUUAUAUAGGAAUUGAUUUAGGCGGAGCUUUUCUCAUCUGUCUUUAUUGAGGGAGGGCAUGUCAAAUCUUUUUAAGAGGCCAGUGAUGAAGCCAGGACAGUGAGGAGUGGUGGAUUUGUUGGCUUGGCAUUAACCGUAAUAAUAAUAAUAAAUAGUAAUAAUAUUAAGUAUAAAUUAUAUUUAUAUUAUGAUAAAUAUUCAUUAUAAUUAUAACUGAAUUCAUAAGCCCAAAAGUAUCAGUAUAUGCUAAAAUUGUACUAAUACAAUAUAAAAAAUUAACAUAUUUUUCAAACCUUUUAAAAAAGACUGUCUAUCAAAUAAAAGUCUAAACACACUGAAAAGUAGAAUAUAAAUAAUUUAAAAUUUCUUGGUACAUUUAUUUAUAUAUUUUUACUGUCAGUUUAUGUUAAAAAAAAAAAAAAAAAAAAAAUAACUCUUUGUACAUUUAUUUAAAUAUUUUUACUGUCAGUUUAUGUUAAAAAAAAAAAAAAAAAAGUAACCCAGUUAGUGUUAGUUAGCAAUCUCUGUCAUUCGCAUUUCAAAUAUCUCUUUUCUGUACGUCUCACAUAAGUGUAGGUUUAAUUCACUAAUACUAACAAUAACUUAACAUAAUUAUUUCAUUGUAUAUAAUUUUUAUUUUAAAAAAACAAAUAUUUUGGAUGCUUUAUAUUAUAAAUAACACAUGAAUAUGAUACUUAUCUGCAUUUUAUGGCAGGUGGAAGAAGAACAAUCAAGGUGAAUGGUUGGGGGUUUUGUCCAAUAUGGUAUGGAGAGUCAAACAAACAGAUGAUAGGAUAUUAUUUCAAGUUUACGGUGAAAAGAAAGACGUUUCCACAUGUGCUGACACUGAUAAAGCAAAAGACAAUUUGUAUCUGAAACAGAUUGAUUAUGGCAGAAAUGAAAAGCAGCAGUCAGAGUUUAUUUUCUCACAACAAAAAACAGCUUGCAGCAGCUCAUCCAGUAAUGUUAAAUUAGUAGAGACUUUGACCAAAGUUGAAAAUAAAGCUGAAGAAAAUCUUGAUAAAACAUGUGGUAAAGAAAUAUCAAAAACAGUGAAAGAUCUAAGAAAACAUUGUGGAGUUGUCAAGAAAAAUUCCAAAUCAAAAAAUAAAAAAUCUGAUGCUUUUUUAAGAAAAGGUUUGCUACAAGGGAGCACAUGUAAUCAUUCCAUUGAAGAUGGACUAGGCUCAUUAGAAUCACAACCUAGAGUACUGAUGGAUUCUUUGACUGAUGAUACAUGUAUGUGGCAAUCUCAUUUAUUGGAAGAUUAUUUCCAGCUCAAUGUCAACCUGGAAGAGCUUUAUCAACAAUGGUCUUCAAAAGAUCCUCAUUUCCACCAAGUUGCCCUAAAUUUUUAUGGCAUCCGGAUUCUCCGACAGGAUCCAGUAGAGAACCUGAUCAGUUUUGUUUGUUCAUCGAAUAAUAACAUAUCUCGAAUAUCAAGCAUGGUUGAAAAGCUUUGUUCAAAUUAUGGAACAUUUAUUGCAAGGGUGAGUUGUUAUUCAGCAAAAUUAUUUGAGUGUAGACAUUUUAAAUUUAGCUUGUCAGUGUUUUGUACAAAAUUUAGUGAAAAUUGUAUUACUAGUGCUUGACAUGUUUAUAGAAGGUAUUUUUCUAUUUAUUUGAAGGGUAAUUAAUUUUAUUGAUUGCAUAAGGUGGAUGAAAUCGACUACUAUACAUUCCCUGGAUUUUCUGAUCUGUGUGAAAAUGAUGUGGAGGCUAAACUAAGGAAACUAGGCUUUGGCUACAGGGCUAAGUUCAUCGCAAACAUUGCAAAGCAGAUAACCUUAGAGAAGGGUGAGCAUUGGUUAAAAUCUCUUCGAGAAAAGAGCUACACAGACGCUAAAGCAGAACUCAUGACCCUACCGGGCGUUGGUGCCAAGGUGAAAAUCCUAUUUUAUAAAUUUCUGUUUCCUUGGUAUAACCUUAAGCUUUCAUGAAUAGCUCAGGCAGUGAUGUUUUAUUUCAUAUUACAUUACUAGGCAAUCAUUAGAUCUAAAAUUCAUCAUCUAAAAACUAAAAGAGACUGUAUUUAUUGAGUCCUUGUUUAUAAUUUAUUUAUUAGUUUGCUUCAUAAAUAGGUGAUCAAGUGAAGGGAAAUGUGAAUCAGAUCAUAAGAAAAAUAAUUAAUUUAUGGUCACUACAGUCAUAGAUUUGGUUUAUACAAAAAUAUUUAACUGUAUAUAUCAUUUAUAGACUUGAAGAAUUAAUGCUUACUCUACUUAUCUAGUUAGGUUGAUAAUGGUUAUUUAUAUUUUAGAUUCAUUCAGUUAAAACAGCCAGCAUAUAUAUAUCAUGCAUAUUUUAUUUUUUAUUUGUAGUCUUAUAAGUAUCAAAGGCUUUAUAUACUUCAUAAGUAUGUAAAAGUGACUAUUCAUUUUUUUCCUUUAAUAUUACCUAUAUAGUUUCAAUAAACACAAUAAAUGAGAUGCCUAACAAAAUGUAUUUGCAUAUUUCACUGCUAAAAUCUAGCUAUAAAAACUUCUCUGAAAUAGCCCUGGCCCUAUUAAUAAUAUUAUGAUUUAUGUUGAACUACUCUAAAUGUAUAUAUAUUUGUAUUUGUCAAAUAGGUUGCAGACUGUGUUUGUUUGAUGUCUUUAGAUAAACCAGAAGCAUUACCAGUAGAUACUCAUGUUUGGCAAAUAACCAUGAGGCAUUAUAUGGCUAAACUGCAAACAACCAAAUCAUUGACACCAAAGCUCUACAAUGAAAUAGGUACGGUCAAGCUUUUUUUCCCCGUUCUUUAUGUAAAGUGAAAUACAGAUUGAUAGAAAAUUAAGCACUGCACUCUUACAAAGAAUACAGGUUAAUGCCUUGCAUAACCAAAUAGCAGUGUUGCUUUAAGUUUAUAAGUGAGUUAUAGCAAUAGUUGAAAGGGUAGGGGGAAAUAUGGAGGGCACUGUGGUUCCUUCUGUCAUUUUUAAAGAGAAUACAAAAUUUUACAGUUUUACUUAAUGAAAUUUAGUCAUGGGUCAUAAUACCAUUUCAGGAUAAUUAUCAGAACAGAAUUUAUGCAUACAGGAACAUAUAUGUUCUGCUGUUACCCUUCUCUUCCCACUAUACGCACCCAGAUGUGGACUCCAAAAUCAACAACUCCUCCUCCCCCCUCAGGUCAUAUGUAAUAUAUGGAUGGUCUCUUACAAGCAGUUGGCUAAAUAAUUCACAAAGUAUUUCUUUUAUUUUGAAAUGACAUUAUGGAAGAGUUAGGCAGACUGAAUUUAUUUUAUUAUUUUCAAUAAGUAGUGUUCAUAUUUUUGUUACCAAACAUUUGGCUUUUGGUUUUGCUCCGUGUUCUGUGUUUGAGUUGUUUUUUUCUUGCUUUUUGUCUGUAGGAGAUUUUUACAGAGAAUUAUGGGGACCUUACGCUGGAUGGGCUCAUUCGGUAUGAUUUAUGUUGAUUUUUUAGAUUUACUAUGUUGAAAACAAAUGUAUUAUCAGUACCAGGUAUCAGUGAAGCCCAGCAUUAAUCUAUGAAUGAUCAGAUAAAAAAUUUCUCCUCUUAACAUCCUGGUAUUAAGUAUUUAAAAGGGCAUUACAAGAGUAAUAGUAAUUUUAACAUUGGUUAAAGUACCAAUUAUUAUAAGAAAGCAACUAAUUUUUACUCAAGCUUAUUAUCUGUUUACUUAUAAGUUAUAUGGAUACUUAUCAGUGGCAUCACUAGAGGGGGAGGGGGUGGACACCUAAUGGAAAAUUGCACAUGUGGAGUUGUUUCAUUACAAAAUUUAGUUAAAUACAAGAAGAGAGUGGCACCAAAACAGGUUGCCACUAGAAAGAGUAGGUUGCAAACAUAACAGGGUGCCAACAGAGCAGGAUUCCAUCAUCAGGUUGCCACCAGAAAGAGUAGGUUGCAAACAUAAAAAGGUGUCAACAGAGCAGGAUUCCACCAUCAGGUUGCCACCAGAAAGAGUAGGUUACAAACAUAACAGGGUGCCAACAGAGCAGGAUUCCACCAUCAGUUUGCCACCAGAGCCGAAAGAAACUCGGAAGAAGUUCAUGGAAGAAAUCUAGAGGACUAUGAAACAUCUUUUGUUGCUUUAGGGCUUAAUAUACAAACAAUAUAUAUGAUUCUGUAUGUUUUGGUUAAAAAUUACUCUCAGCUGGUCUGGAUGGGGAAACCGGGCUGGGUGACAAGAAUCCUAGUGAAGCCUCUGGUAAGUUUUUAGUUUAUGAAUAUAUAUUAUUAUUAUUCUUUGGUUUUGGUAACUGAAAUAGUUCCAUUGCUAUUUUUGUUACCACAAUUAAACUGCUUUAUUCAAUCUAAAACUACAGAUAGCCACAACUUAUGCUUAGUCUCAUAUUGUUUCAUAUUUAGAAAUACUGCUUUAGAAAAUGAAUGAAAGAUUUUGAAGCAAGUGGAGAAAAUUUCACCAAACUUAAACUAAACUUUAAUAUUUUGAGUAUUGGUGAACAAGUUUUGAAAUUUCAUCAGAUCCCGCACCAGAUUUAUUAUUUAUAUUUUAUUUUUAUUUUACCAUACAUUAUUAUUAUUAUUAUUGCAAGUUGUUUUAUUGCUCACCACGCUUUACAUACAAUUUAACAAACAAAAUAAAAAAUUAUUUUUUUAAAUUAAUUGACAUACAUAAAUAAAACAAAAAUGUACAUCUAAAACUAUUUACAUGUCAAGCCAUGGAUGACACCCAGUAGCAUCGUUUUUUGGUCAGAGGUGGGAAUCAGUCAGGAUAGUAAAGUUUAAAAAGAUGUGUUUUGAGUGCAGUUUUGAAGGCUGUGAUGGUCGGUAUAUUGCGGAUGUGUAAUGGAAGAGAAUUCCAUUGUUUGGGGGCACAUAUUUAUGUCCUGCGACCCAGCAUCAAGCCUUGCAGCUGCCGGUCCACCAUUUGGGGAAUGCUGCAUUAGAUAUUAGACAUGAUUAUAGUAAUAUAAAUUUUAUAGAGAAAUAAAUCGCGUUGCACCAUUUAUUAAGGGGUCAUCCAUGUAUUAUGUAGGAUCGAAAAAAUACAAUUUACUGAUAUUCCCCCCCCCCCUGCACCCAUCCAUUUUUGGACAGCCACUCAAUGUAUAGUGUAAAAUUAAAAUAUCCCCCCCCCCCCAAACAUACUUGUUUCAAAUUAUUUAUAAACAAACAUAACACAAUUAGGAUCAAAUGAAGUUACUAUAAACUAGUGCAGUCUAUACAGCAAAAGUAGCACAAUGGGCCCCCACUCCUCUCUAUGAAUUAAAGUCUACAUAGUUGCUAGAAUUACGUACUUGCGGCCCCUGGAGAGUGGCCAGGUUGGUCCAUGCGCCUGGAAAACACUGCCCUUACCCAUGUUAAAGAUUAUGUCGCUGGUUUUCUACACUAUGUGGCGUAGCGAAUACAAUCUUUGAUUCAUCCCAAUAAAAUAAUUCCGGAAACAAACACAGGCCAACUGCUGGUUUUCUACACUAUGUGGCGUAGCGAAUACAAUCUUUGAUUCAUCCCAACAAAAUAAUUACGGAAACAUAGGAGCCAAAAUGAUCAAUAAAUUGAUCGUGGGCCCUUAAGAUAUAGAAGAAGACAUACACAGGCCAACUUUGGACUAAAGUUAUCACUAGGGUAAAUAUUACUGUUGUAUUAUUUUGCGAGUUAGUUUUGAAAACAAAAAGCUGCAGUAUGAUGAUAUAUGCGAAGCAAUGCAGUGAUAUUUUUAUAGCUUUUCAAAAUAAAUAUAAAUCAUGGAUUUCACGGGGUUUUAGGUGACGGCAUAAUUAGAGAUAUGAAUAGGCCAUUUAUGGACUGUCAGAAAAUAAGGAAAUUCAUUGAAAAAAUGUCUAAAAAAAACACAGCAAAACAACACCCCCGCCCCCAUAUGCAAAAUCUCCAAACUAAACAACCCCCUCCCCAACCAGUGCAUAUGUAAUAUAUGAAUGACCCCCAUACAAUUGAAAUCAAAGUAAAACAAAAGAAUAUUAUUUAUUUCAGGUUUUAUUUACAGCAGAUCUUAGACACAACAAAGACAGGGGCAGUGUGGAUGGCCAGACAAAAUUAGACAGCAAGAAAAGAUCUAUCAAGAGUCAAGACCUGAAAGAAAAAACAUUGAAGAAAUCAAAAUAAUAUUCUAAUUCUAUUUAAAAUGAUAAAAAAAUAAACAAAUGUUUCAGUUAUUAUUUUUUAAUUGCAGAUGUCACAAAUAUGCAAAUAAACAAUUGUUUUCCAAUUCAAUGCUGUAUUUUCUAAACUUGAU